AUGCCCACCAUCUUCUCCUUCGAGCAGGGCAACGAGCGAUCGCGCUACCCGACCGACUCCUCGCCCCUGCUGGGCCGCUUCCGAGCCGUCCCCCGGACGGACGCCCGCGGCGGCGCAGGCGGCCUCGGCGCAGGCACCACCGCGAGCAACAGGCGCGGCAGCCUCGGCCUGCUGACGCGGGCGUCGUGGCGUAAUAGCGUGCACGUCGGGUACGGCGCCACCGCGUUGCUGGCGGCGGGCCUGAGCGAUGACGAAUCUGACGAGUCCGACGACGAUGACGACGAUAGCGACGCGGCCGGUGGCGAGGGGUACGAUGGCGCCGGGGCCGGGAGGAGGAGGAAGAGGCUCGCCGCGUGGUGCAGGAGGAAGUGGAGAAGGAUGGACGACCUGUGGAUCAACCCCAAGCAGGGCGCCGUGAGGAGGGUCGCGAGCGUGUGGUACUCACGGUGGUUUGUGCUCGUGGUGCUCCCAGCCGCCCUGGCCGUCGGGUGGUGCGCGAUCCCGUUCCCUCAGUACCCGCUCAAGGACGGUCCGGACGAUGACAACGGCGGCGGCAACGACGGCUCGUCCCCGGGCCACCGCAAGCCGCGAGGCCACGGCAGGGCCCACGCCGAGGUCAACUUCUGGUUCUUCCUGUUCGUCUACUACGCCUUCUACAACCUGACGGCCCUGGUGUGGAUCACAAAGGUGUUCAACCUCUACAGCCUGAACUGGUGGCCGUCGACGCUGGGGUUCCCGCUCACGAUCUGCAUGAUCGCGGUGCUGGGCACCGUCGGGCCGAUCGUGCUGUACUACAUACCAGAGGCCGAGUUCCUGACGGUGCACAACACAGUCUGGAUCACGUGGACCUUCUGCAUCAUGGCCAUGCCCGUCGUGAUCGCGAGCUUCAUCCUGCUCACCAAGGAGCGCCACAUGGGGCUGCGGAACUCCCUGUCCGAGACGCAGCGCAUAUUCACGUCCUCGUGGUGGGCGGGUGACGACGGCUUCGACUCGCCCGAGAUGAGGGUCAACGGCCGGCGGCGGCCCGACCAGCACCUAUGGGACGAGAGCGAGAACGCGCUCCGCAUCGGCGCCGGGCCCAGCCUGCAGCCCACGCGCAGCAACCGGAUCCCCGUCCGCCUCAAGCCGCGCUUCUUCCCCGCCUCGUUCGUGCGCUUCGUCUGGUUCUGUACGGCCUUGUUUAUCGGGCUGCUCGCGCUCGUGAUAGGGGAGGCGUACGCAGAGGUCUACCUCAGGACUUUGCCGCACAACAGCUUGGACACGAUAGUCUACUUCAUGCUAACAUACCAAACCUACGUCCGUGCGCUGUAUGCCCGACUGCGCUCCCCAAGCCAAUUCAUCCUGCUGCAGGUCCUCUCCUCAUCCGGCCUCAUCAUCCUCACCCCCAUCCUCCUCUCCGCCCCGGUCCACUGGCUCCUGACGGCCAUCGGCAUGAACGGCCAGUCGUACGCCGCCUACCAGAAAGUCGGAGUCCGUAACGUGUUCAUCCGCUUUGUUGCGGAGAACGCGUCCAUGCUCUGCUUCCUGGGCAGCGUCGCGACCCUGCACUUUGGCGCCAACAAGGCCGUCUACCCCUACUUCAGCUUCGACGAGGACGACUCCUCCGCCAGCGGGGACCCCUACGACUACACCUUCGAGCUGACCUUCUACGCCUCGGCCGUCACGUGGGCCUGCGAGCUUGUCGCGAGCUGCAUCGUCGCGGGCCUGAUCAAGUGGAUCUAUGGCGUGAACGUGGUCACCGAGGGGAGCAUGGACCUUGCCGUCUGGCCGGAGCUGCUUCCGACGAGCGUGGUAGUCGUUCUGCAUGUGCUGCAGAACAUGCUCUUCUCGAUUGUGAGGCUGCAGUUCCGCUGA